UCUUCACCAUGAUGGCCAGACGCGGAGGAAAGCGCAUCAGAAUGGAUGAUAUCCCGCCGGAAUAUGACGAGCAAGGAGAAAAUGUAAAUGAUUCUAUUUCGGAUGGAGAUAGUCCCACAAAACGCAUGACAAGGUUGCGUGCCCGUGGUGGCGUUCGUGACAAACCUCCAAUUAUUGACGAAGAUGAGGAUGAUUUUUGGGCUCCUGUGGUACGCAAGAAGAAACCGGAAAAGCCCAAGAAGCCACCAGGUGAACGUCGUGAAAAGACCGAGCGUCAACGCAAGGAACAUAUUGACAAGGAACAAGAACGCAUUGACAUGGAACGCGAUGUAACAACAGAUGAGAAUAGCUUGUAUUUCAUAGUACGACAUUCCAAGUCGCCCAUUAUGAACAUUGUCGAUGAUUGGAUUGAACAAUACAAAGUGAAUAGGGAUACCGCGCUAAUUGCGUUGUUGCAAUUUUUCAUUAACGCCAGUGGUUGCAAGGGUAAAAUACCAGAGGACACCGAACAUCCCAUGGAUCAUACAGCUGUUAUAAGAAAAAUGACAGAGGAGUUUGAUGAGGAAAGUGGUGAAUAUCCCCUAAUAAUCCCCGGUCAACAGUGGAAAAAAUUCAAAAUGAAUUUUUGCGAUUUUGUACAAACCUUGGUCAAACAAUGCCAGUAUUCCAUUAUUUAUGAUCAGUUUCUGAUGGAUAAUGUCAUUUCAUUGCUAACUGGUUUGUCAGAUUCUCAAGUUCGAGCUUUCAGACACACAGCUACAUUGGCUGCCAUGAAGCUUAUGACUGCUUUAGUGGAUGUUGCCCUGUUGGUAUCAAAUAAUUUUGAAAAUGCAGCCAAACAAUAUGAGGCAGAGCGACUCAAGUCUCGUGAUCGUCGAGCAUCGGAUCGCUUGGAAUCUCUAAUGGCGAAAAGAGCUGAACUUGAAGAGAACAUGGAUGAAAUAAAAAAUAUGUUAACCUAUAUGUUUAAGUCUGUUUUUGUACAUCGUUAUCGUGACACAUUGCCGGAUAUAAGAGCAAUUUGUAUGGCCGAAAUAGGUGUUUGGAUGGAAAAUUAUCCACAAAAUUUCUUGGAUGAUUCAUAUCUCAAAUACAUUGGUUGGACACUACAUGACAAGGUGGGCGAGGUACGCUUGCGUUGUCUGCAGGCCCUGUUACCCCUUUAUGAUAAGGAGGAACUUAAAAGUAAAUUAGAAUUAUUCACCUCAAAAUUCAAAGAUCGUAUUGUUGCCAUGACUCUAGACAAGGAAUUUGAGGUUGCCGUACAUGCUGUCAAAUUGGUUAUAAGUAUUUUAAAGAUCCAUCCGGAUAUAUUGGCUGAUAAGGACUGUGAAAUUGUCUAUGAGUUGGUGUAUUCAUCCCAUCGAGGUGUUGCCCAGGCAGCUGCUGAAUUUCUUAAUGUACGCCUGUUUCAUUUAACUGCUGACAUGGAAGAGACAAAAUCAAAACGAGGCAAACUUCGUUUACCAAAUACUCCACUAAUACGUGAUUUGGUGCAAUUUAUGAUUGAAUCGGAAUUACAUGAACAUGGUGCUUAUCUGGUAGAUUCCUUUAUGGACAAUAAUCCAAUGGUUAAAGAUUGGGAAUGUAUGACGGAUUUGCUGCUGGAGGAACCGGGUUAUAAUGAAGAGGUCUUAGACAACAAACAAGAGUCGACUCUGAUUGAAAUUAUGGUUAGCAGUGUAAAACAAGCAGCAACUGGUGAGGCACCAGUUGGACGAGCCAGCAAUCGAAAAAUUUACCUCAAUUCCAAAGAAUUAAAAGCCAUACAAGAUGAAAAGGUACGAUUAACGGAACAUUUUAUUGUAACACUACCACCCUUGCUGGAAAAAUAUCAAGCGGACAGUGAAAAGUUGGCAAAUUUAUUAUCAAUACCACAAUAUUUUGAAUUGGAUAUUUACACCACCAAUCGUCAAGAGGCUAAUUUGCAAUCGCUAUUGGAUAAAAUGAGCUAUAUUAUGUCCGUACAUACGGAUCGUGAUGUUUUGGAAACAUGUGCCAAGACAUUGGAAUAUUUGUGUACCGAGGGCAGUGCCACAUAUACGCGCUGUGAUGUUGCACGCUCUAAUAUUAUUGAUAAUGCUGUUAAUAAAUAUAAGGAUGCCAUUGAAGAUUGGCGUAAUUUAAUUGCGGGCGAGGAAUUACCCAAUGAAGAUGACAUUUACAAUGUUAUAAGUUCGCUGAAAGUUGUAUCGAUACUUUAUUCAUCGCAUAAUAUGAAUCCGUGGAAUCUGUUUGAUUCUCUAUUCCAAGAUGUGGAUGAGUGUCAGGCAAAAGAAAAUCCUGGUCGUAACAUUCCCAAUGAAGCCUUGGUGUAUUGUAUUGAGGCCUGUUAUUUUUCGAUAAGUUGGGGUCUAUACUAUGUAGAAAAUAUGUGUGAAUCGUCACAAGUAGAAUCUUCUGUUAAGGAGCUACGUACAAAUUUGGAUAAAUAUAUGUUUGCCUGUUUUGAAUUGACACGAGAUGGACCCACAGAUGAUGUUCAGGAAGCGGCUUAUCAAUCAAUCUGUGAUCUCUUGAUAAUAUUUUCCGAUCAAUUAGCCCGUAAUGAAAAUCCUAAUGUUCGCACGCUGGAAUACAAAUCAACAUUGGAUGAGCAAUUGGUAUUGAAUAAUUUCGUACAACAUUAUGUCUUUACGAUAAGACAAGAAGAUCUUCAGGACGAGACUCGCAUAAUGGAAUUACACAAGAAGCGUAACUUCUUGGCGUCAUACUGCAAACUGGUGGUUUACAAUAUAAUACCAACAAAGAGUGCGGCGGGAAUGUUUAAAAAUUAUGUUAAGUGGUACAAUGAAUAUGGCGAUAUCAUCAAGGCCACCUUGGGCAAGGCGAGAGAGAUUAAUAAAAUUAAUUUUGCAUUGACGUUACUUUUGAGUCUCAUUGCUGUUUUCAAAGAUCUACAGAGUCAGUCGGAAAAUGAAUUGGUCUCCAAGAACUCUCAUGAAUUCAGCGAACUUAAAGAGUUGGCAAAACGGUUUGCUUUGACCUUUGGCUUCGAUGCUAUCAAAAAUCGUGAACCCAUUAUUGCUUUACAUCGUGCUGGUAUAUUAUUUGCAGUUGGUGAAGUGCCUGAAGAUCCAGUGGCUGCACCCAAACGUUUACUAUUCUUAGAGGUGUUAAAUGAAUUCAAUCACAAACUGUUGAAACAAGAUAAAAAAGUGAUUUUAAACUUUUUGGAUCGUCGUAUUUCACCCGCGUUGCCUUCUAGUAAACAAGAGGAAUAUCAGCCAUUAUUUUUAUAUCGUAAUUCUUUGGUUCACGGAGAAACUGAUCAGGCUCCGGUUAGCUCCAAACGAGCAUAUGCUCGCAAACGACGUGGUGAUCAUGGUGAAUGA